GAACAUAAAAUUGUUUGAAAAAAAAUAUUUUAGUAUUUUUUUUUUUGUUACAAACUGUAUAAAAAUUAUUUGUAAACAUAAAUUAAAAUAAGAAUAAGUUAAUGAUUAAGUUAUGCAAUGAGUAUAUUAAACGAUAAAUGUUUGAUAUCUAAUUUAUUGUUUUAAAAAUAAUUUUGAGUGACACAUCCUAAAUCUCAACCUUUAAUUUAGCUAUUGUUUGAACCAAAUAUUGUGCCAGUAUUUAAAGUGACAAUGAGUUCGACUAGCUUAAAUAAAAUGCCAGAUGAAGUUUUGCUCAUAGUAUUCAGAUAUACUUCAGCUGCUGAUUUUGUGACAUCAUUACCAGUUGUAUGUGAUCGUUGGGCUGAACUUGUUUUGUCUGAUACUCAUACUCUAAAUCGAAUUGGAAUACAACAACAUCCAUAUGGUCGGGUAUCAUUUUUUUAUUUACACAAUAAGUAUGAACAUUUGAUUGAUCACACCGCAAAAGAACAUGAGAAUUUGUUUCAUUUUGCUCAUAAUUUUCAACUUAUUGAUUAUUCUCACGUGUUUGAAUUAAGCAUUCAAUACUCAAAUAUUUACCAACAUCUUAAAACCUUAGUGAUAUCAAAUAGCCUUCAAGCUUACCGAACUGAAGGUUUCAUCUGUUUGAAUAAUUUGUCUGAAAUAACAUUUUAUAAUAUACACAUUCGUGAAACAGAUUGUUACACUUUGACAGAAUUAUCUAGUGUAUUUUCAAAUGUGCAAAAUGUUUCUUAUGUUAAUUGUCGAUUUUCAGCACAAAUUGAACAGGAUUAUUUACAUAGUUUUUUUAAAAAUAUAAAGCGUUUUCGAAUGGAUCAUUAUUCAGUUAGUGAUAGAAUGCUGAAAAAGUUAUUGACCUCACAUCCUCAAUUAAUAAAAAUAAUUUUUUCUAUGUGCACUGUAAUGAGUGAUGGUUGGUUAGAGGAAAUUAUGGAUAAUCUUGGUAGGAGAACUGUGGUGUAUCUCGAAAUUCAUAGUUCUUAUUUUACUGAUAAAUGUAUUGCCAAAUUUCUUCAUAGCAAAGUUGUGACUGAUCUUUCUAAAAUACACAUUCACAAGGAUAAACAUAAUAUUCCUUUUAAACUAAUUAUGGCUUAAAAUACUUUUAGUAGAUUAUACUUCAUUAUAUUAGAAAUACUAUUUAUAUAUAUAUAUAUAUAAAUAACACUAAGACUUUAAUUUCCAAAUAAACAAUAUUU